AUGCGGUUCACGACUCUUGCUUCGGCGCUGACGCUCGGCCUCCGCGCCGCAGCGGACUCGCUCCCCGGCCUCCCGACCGUGCCGUACACCACCACCGGCGGCACCCUGGCCCCCGACUUCUUCACCAAAAUCAUCGUUCACGAGCAAUUCGCCGAUUCAGUCGACGAAAGAGGCGAGACCCUCAUCCCGCCCACUCUCCUCGCCUUCGCGGAAACAUUUUCUGAGGACCUUGCCUCCGUGCUCAACCUCUCCAUCCCCGUGACGACGGGCGCCGCAGCAGAGCAAGGCUCCAUCUUCCUCACCCUCGACGAGGAUGCGUCAAAGUUCAAGGAUGCAGCGGGCAGAGAGACAUCGGAGGGCUACGCGCUGAACGUGACCAUUGACGGCGUGCGCAUCGCCGGCGCGAGCCCGCUCGGGGCGUGGUGGGGCACCCGGUCGGUGCUGCAGCAGAUGGUCCUCGGGGACGGGGCGGUGGAACUGGGGUAUGGGGUUGAUAGCCCCGGAUGGGGGACGCGCGGGAUGAUGCUCGACAUCGCCCGGCACUACUACCCGCCCUCCUUCCUGAUCGAAAUGUGUGCCUACAUGUCCUUCUUCAAACAAAACACCUUCCAGCUGCACCUCUCCGACAACCUCUACAACAACGUCGCAAUCUACUCCCGCGAGCGCCAGCUCUCCCUCUACGCCGCCUUCCGCCUGCUCUCCGACGACCCGGCCCUGGCAGGGCUCAACAAGCGCGCCAACGAGUCCUACACGCGCGAGGUCUUCGACGACGUCCAGGCAAAAUGCGCCGCGCGGGGCGUCACGAUUUUGCCCGAGAUCGAGGCCCCGGGGCACGCGCUGGUGAUCUCGCAGUGGCGGGAGAGUCUGGGGCUGAGCAGCGAUCUGAGUCUGUUGAAUGUGUCGAACCCUGAGACGAUUCCGGUUAUGCAGGAUAUUUGGGGGGUGUUUCUGCCGUGGUUUCAUACGAAGACGGUGAGUAUUGGGGCGGAUGAGUACGUUGACCCGACUUUGAGCGAGGAGGCGCUGGUGGGCGAGUACACCCGCUUCGUGGACUCGAUGAACGACUACAUCACAACCACCUCGGGCAAAAAGGUGCGCAUCUGGGGCACCUUCUCCCCCUCGUCAGGCGGCGACGUGAACAAUUCCGUCUCGAUCCAGCACUGGGCCAACUUCGAAGCCAACCCGCUCUGGGACUUUGUGAACAACGGCUACGCGGUGCUCAACUCGGGCGACUACAUCUACACCGUCGGCAAGUGGUCCGAGUGGUACGGCCACGAGCUGAGCCUGGACUUCAUCUUCCACGGGUCGCCCGACGGGAGCGCGUUCGCGCCGAACGUGUUCGACCGGGAGAACGCGACGAACAACGCGGCGCGGGACAGCGCGGCGCUGCUGGGACAUGUGGCGCCGCAGUGGAACGACUUCGGGCCGAACGCGACGACGGUGACGGAGGCGUAUUACCAGUGGAGGGACGGGCUGCCGGCGCUGGCGGACAAGCAGUGGGGAGGGGAGGUGGCGGAGGAGGCGUACGCGGGGUUGUUCGCGAAGUUGCAGCCUGCUGCGCCGGGGCAGAAUCUUGAUAGGAGGAUUCCGAGUGUGGGAGACACGAUUGUGGAAUAUGAAUUCACUAAGAGCAACGGCAGCACGGUGCAGGAUCUAUCGGGCAACGGGUACCAUGCGAAAUCGUCGUGUGCGAUGAGUGACGAGGGCGCUGUGUUGAAGCCGUCGUGCAGCAUCACGACUCCGCUCACGCAGAAGGGACGGAAUUACACGCUCUCGUUCUCGAUCAAGCCCACCAGCGCGGCCAAGGGCGCCAUCUUCAGCGGUGGAGACAGCGGGCUGUGGUUCGGCAACGGGACGGUGGAUGCGGUCAUGCUGUUCUCGGGGGAGAGCACGUACGCGCUGAACUACACGUUCCCCGUGGGGGAGUGGACGGAGGCAAAGCUCGUCGGGCAGGGGAGGCAGACAUUUUUGGACGUUGGAGGGGAUAGGAUGGAGUUCUUGACGAUCAUGGGAUGGAACGGGGCGCGGUUUGUGUGGCAGCCGAUUGCGGUGGAAGCUCCCCUGGCGACGGUUGGAGGGGGCGGGUUCGAGGGCGUCAUUGGGGGGAUGAAGCUUGUUGAUGGUGCGUAG